GUCGCCUAGUCCAGUCUGGUCUAGCCAGAAUCAGUCACCGUUGAGAGUAACGUGAGAGAGGAGCAGAGCAGCCAACUUAACUCUCUGUUAACAGUGUUACACGACCCAAAGGACGGAUUCCGCCUGAGACAUCAGGACCAGUCCAAUCAGUCUGGUCUCACCCGGAUUUAGUCAACUUGAAUCUUAUUUCCUUGGAGAGCGGUCCAGCGUUUCAAGCUGGACGGAGGAGAGACGACCGGGGCUGAGGGCCCUGCCUUUGUGCUUCGCCACAGAACAAACCUCAUUGAAAACACAAAAGACAGCACGCCUGCGGAUCCCAUGAGUCCCCGGGCGAAAGGAGACACGCUCAACUCAGGUUCAACCAGCCACCUUAGCACCUCAGAGUGCCCCUCACACAAUGGGAGUGUCCCAGAGUGCUACGAGGAGAAAAGAAUAAAUGAAGAAGAUGACAGAAGAAGAGAAGAAGAGGAGGAGGAGAAGGAGGAUGAGAAGAGCAGUGAUGAAGGUUUCAUGGGAAUGACUCCGCUGCUGCAGGCUCACCAUGCCAUGGAGAGGAUGGAGGAGUUUGUACACAAGGUGUGGGAGGGCCGGUGGCGUGUCAUACCUCACGACGUGCUCCCCGAUUGGCUGAAGGACAACGACUUCCUGCUUCACGGCCACAGGCCACCAAUGCCUUCUUUUCGCGCCUGCUUCAGGAGCAUCUUCAGAAUCCACACAGAGACGGGAAACAUCUGGACACAUCUGCUAGGCUGUUUGUUUUUCCUCUGUCUGGGCCUGAUGUACAUGUUCAGGCCCAACAUGUCGUUCGUGGCCCCGUUCCAGGAGAAGGUUGUGAUCGGGAUGUUUUUCCUGGGAGCCAUCCUUUGCCUCUCCUUCUCCUGGCUCUUCCACACAGUCUACUGCCACUCUGAGGGCGUCUCCAGAGUCUUCUCCAAGCUGGACUACAGUGGGAUCGCCUUCCUGAUCAUGGGCUCUUUUGUCCCCUGGCUGUACUACUCCUUCUACUGCUCCCCUCAGCCCUGCUUCAUCUACCUGAUAGUGGUGUGCAUACUGGGAUUGUCCGCCAUCAUCGUCUCCCAGUGUGACUUCUUUGCCAAGCCGCAGUACAGAGGAGUCAGAGCAGGAGUGUUUGUGGGGCUGGGUCUGAGCGGCGUGGUUCCCUCCCUGCACUUUGUCAUCAGCGAGGGUCUGAUCAAAGCCACCACGAUGGGCCAGAUGGGCUGGCUGCUGCUCAUGGCGACGCUCUAUAUUACCGGAGCGUGUCUGUACGCCGCUCGCAUCCCUGAGAGGUUCUUCCCUGGCAAGUGUGACAUCUGGUUCCACUCCCACCAGUUGUUCCACAUCUUGGUGGUCGCCGGAGCUUUCGUUCAUUUCCACGGCGUCUCCAACCUGCAGGAGUUUCGCUACACGGCAGGAGGGGGCUGCGCCGCCGACGGCACGCUGUAAUGCAAACACACAGUGACCCAUUCGUUCACUGUCACAAAUUUUACGGGGAGGCACUGGUUCAUAUAUGCACAGAAUUAAACACACACACAAACACACACAUGCUCCUCAAACAUGCACACACAUGCGCCCCCCCCCCACCCCAGACAGCAAACCGAAGUGGCUUGUUUGGUGUGUGUCUGUGUGCGUAAUACACAGGAUGGCCUCCCAGGGGGCGCUAUUAAAACGUACUGAUGAGGGUUUUUGUUCUCUUUCUGUGUGUCUGUCAGUCCCCACCUCCUCCGGCUGUGUUGCUUGAAACCACUUCUAAGCUGGUGUGUUUUAUAAACCAGUUGAUAGACUCUGCUCUUUCCAGGAUGUAUCUCCAUUUCUGUGGGAGGUGGGCGGUGAGACUUUCAAAACCUCUCUCAAAUAAUCGUACAUUUUCUUCUGUGUUGAGUUCUGACAUUUAAGAGAGUUUAAUGGUUUGAUUUGAAAAGGAAGCAUAAUUGUGGCUUUAAAAAAUACAUUUUCGGGUGCUUUGUGCUGAAUGCUGUUUUCCGAGUCACACUUUAGAGCAAAAAAAGAACUGAGUGGCAAAUGGAUUUCUUCCAUGAUUGUGAAGGUAGCAGGGGGAGAUGUUGGGAACUGGGAAGGGGUUAAUAGUCACUUUCAAAAGGAAAAAAUAAAUGAAAUAAACCCAACCUUUUCCAUGUAAAUAAGAUUUCUAAAUUUUGGGUUAUAGAUUUGUAUGAAACGUAAAUGAAAAAAAGACCAAAAAAAUAUGUUAUAAUAUGAUGGCAAGAAUAAAUAAAUGUGUUAGAUGAUGAAUCAAUUAAAAAUGAGGAGAGGUGCUCUAGCAGUGAGUUGCAAUGGAGAGAAUAAUAUACUGCGGUUGGAGGGAAGCGCUUCAAACUAUUAAGUGGUGGCGGCGAGGAGGAAAUUUAAGGCACAACAUCAGAAUCUUUUCAAACAAAUGGCGACAUCAAGACUCGCUGGUAUUUUGUCCAGAGUCACCUUUUCUGACGUUAAAACUUGCAUUCUAAACAAGGAGACAGCAGAGUGGCUGUCCUCUACGCAGUUUUUUUUAUUAUUACUUUUUCACUUUUGUGUUGAACCUUGUGUUUGUUCAAGCAUCAGAGAGUCUGAGCACUGAUCUCAAAACAGACCUGGGGCCUCAUGAGUAGAACUGUCUGUUGCCUGAAACCAAAUCUAAAGUCAAAACUAUGAUCUAAAAAAAAAAAGAAUCCUCUUGACAUGUAGCCAUUUUUCAUGUAUCUUACUGUAAAUUGUCUGAUUUAUCUCAAAGUAAAACGUCACCAGUAUAAGUUUGUUUUCUAUGAUAUGCCCUUAAAUGAGUUGUUGAAACACAUCAUGGAUAACUUAGAUAUAUAUUUUUUUAUAAACAAAGGCCCCAGAGUCUUAUAUCAUUUUGGUACAACUGCAGUAUUAUUACAGUACAGAUGCAGUUCAUUGUACUCCUCCUCCUCCGUGAUACUUGAUAAGAUUCACCACCACACAGAACAAGGAUACUCUGUCUGAAAACAUGUUUUUUUUUUUUCUGAUUGGAUUUUGUUUUAAUUUAUAUCCACUGCUGUUUUGGGUAUAAUAAUUAUUAUUAUUAUUUAUUACUACUAUUACUAUUCUUGCAAGCUUUAAUUUCCACUCUUUUCCCCCCUAUUAUUUAUCACCUGUUUCUAGCAUUUAAUCAGAGAACAUGCAGUGAGGGCAGAAGUCUCAUCUAAAGAUUAGAGAAAAUUCACUACUUUAAGGACCGAUAUGGAGACAAGAUUAAAACAACGUUUUAAAAAUGUUUUCUCGCGAUACCAAAACCUCGCACCUGCACAAUGGAAACCCUUCUAAAAUUGUUUAAAAUGUAGGUGUGCCAGUUUCUAUCGGAUGGCGGCUUUUUUUUUUUCUGAACAGGAAGUUGAAUUACCAUCGUCUCUUCCAGGCAACCCGCAUAUUUUUCACUUUUUUUUCCUGUUUUUAUUUGAUCUAGUUUAUAUUAAUUUAUUUCUCUUGGGGAGUGCAUAUUGUCUGUUGAAGUUCUGUUCUGAUAGGAGUGUUUGAUUGCGAUAGACCUUUAUAUCUGCUGUAUUGUUCUAAUAAAACGUUUUUUGAAUCUA